AUGUUCAAAAAUUCUUUUUAUAUUCCACAAUUUGAAGUCGUUAAUGAUUGGAAGAAACCUGACGUUCUUGGAUAUUUGUCGUCUGACAAAGUUAAGUUAUUCAGAGCUCUCGAUGGCGAACAGAUUUUUGAUGAUUCAAUGUCUAUGGCAUGGACUGACCAGGAAAAAGAAACUAGAGAGGCAUUGCUCCAAGAUCUCAAGGUUUCUAAAUUCGAUUGGUUUAUUAAGUUAAAUCUAGGAAAUUGGCCUGUGAUUUACGUUACUUUUAAGGACCUAAAUUAUGAGUCUUGGGAAUCAAUGCUGAGUUCCAUCAGGAAAAGAAUAUCGGACCUUUAUAAAGAACAUCAUUAUAUUAUGGAUAAUAAGAUGCUUCAUGAAGAUGAUGAAUCUUUAUUUCGAAAAACUCUUGAUGGAACAAUUGAUAAUUCAUAUUUAAUAGAUGCUCUCUCCAGCAUGUCACGCUAUCUUCAUGAGUACUUUAGCAAAAAAAUCAUUGUUCUAAUUGACGAAUAUGACUGGCCGAUGGAACAUGCAGAAAGUUUUUACAACGAAGCUAAUAUUUUUUUUAAAUGCAUGUACUCUAGACAAUCAACACAUAAGCAAAGUUCUGUUCAUUGGACUGCUUCCUGCAA